AGGAAGAGCUACGUGUUGCUGCGCAGCAACAGAAAGAAAGAAGAGAGAGGGCAAGACAAAGGAAUCUCCUCGCAUAAGCUGCAGGACGUAAAGCAGCAGGCUUCCUAUGGCUCUCAGGAUGUAGGCGACUGUUAUUAAUGUAGCGAAUUAUAGACUGCAUGUAGGCUGACUAAACAAGGAAGAAUACCCGAAGGAAGCAGAGUGAUCUACCAGCUACAACAACCCUUCGAGCAGCUCAUAUUGGAGGAGGGAACGUCAAUUUAUUCCUGUCUUGAGUGAAUUUCUAAUUGUAAGGAUUGUAUUUCUGAAGGGAGGAAAUAGGCUGUCGUAUUGCGCCGCUUCCAUUGAGCUUCCUCCUCUUCAUCGUGCCGACUCCCUUUUGGAAGCUUCCUCCUCCUACCUUCCGGAGAUGAACCUGUCUGGAUUCCAGGGAGAAGCUCUUUGCAUUUGAUGUAUUGUUGAAACUUGUCCACAGACUGCAAUAUGCCAUCUCUUGAGUUGAUCACAGAGUGUUCUUGACGGGAAUUUGGGUCAACUGUCCUCGCUAAAUCAUGACAGGUCAGGCCCUGGGCACACCAUGCAGCACGGCUCACAUGGAAGACAACGCUGCAAUCCGCAUCAACGUAGGUGGCUUCAAGAAGCGUCUCCAGUCGAACACCCUCUCUCGGUUUCCUGAUACCAGGCUUGCACGUUUGCUUCAAUGUCAGUCCAAAGAGUCCAUUCUGGAGCUUUGCGAUGAUUACGACGACACAGAGAAAGAGUUUUACUUCGACAGGAAUCCAGCACUCUUCCCCUAUGUGUUGAAUUUCUACAACACGGGGAGGCUGCAUGUCAUGGCAGAGCUGUGCAUCUUCUCCUUCAGUCAGGAGAUCGAGUACUGGGGCAUCAACGAGUUCUUCAUUGAUUCGUGCUGCAGCAGCACCUACCACGAUAAGAAAAUGGACCAGAACCAAGAGGAUUGGGAUGACAGGAGCGAUGAAGCAAGCAGCACUUCGUCUUUUGAUGAACUUUUGGAGUUUUACAGUGAUGCAACCAAGUUUGACAAACAGCUGCUUGGGAGCACAAGAAGGCGCUUUUGGUUGAUGCUGGACAACCCUGGUUACUCUGUGGCCAGCCGCAUCAUCAGCAUCCUCUCCAUCCUAGUAGUGCUUGGCUCCAUCACCACUAUGUGUAUGAACAGCAUGACUGAGUUCAGUCUGUUGGACGGUGAGGGGCAACUCAAAGAAGACCCCCGUUUCGAGACUGUGGAACACUUUGGCAUUGGCUGGUUCACUGUGGAGCUGGUUGCCAGGUUUGUGGUAGCACCUGAUCUUCUUCAUUUCUUUGAGCACCCGUUAAAUCUGAUAGACCUGGUGUCCAUACUUCCAUUUUACCUGACGCUUAUUAUAAACCUGGUGGUUGAAAGCAGCCCUGCACUAGCUAACCUGGGCCGCGUUGCACAAGUGCUGAGGCUAAUGAGGAUUUUCCGCAUCCUGAAGUUGGCUCGUCACUCGACUGGGCUGCGCUCCCUAGGGGCAACCCUCAGGAACAGCUACAAGGAAGUGGGCCUGCUGCUUCUUUACCUGGCUGUAGGGGUCUCCUUUUUCUCCGUCGUUGCCUACACAGUGGAGAAAGAGGACAGUGAGGAUCUCUCCACAAUCCCAGCAUGUUGGUGGUGGGCAACAGUCAGCAUGACCACCGUUGGGUACGGCGAUGUGGUGCCAUUGUCCAUAGCAGGCAAGCUGACUGCCUCGGCGUGUAUCCUCGCUGGGAUCUUAGUUGUUGUGCUUCCGAUAACACUCAUUUUCAAUAAAUUCUCUCUCUUCUACAAAAGACAAAAACAGCUAGAAAUUGCAAUGAGAAGUUGUGAUUUCGAUGAGGGGAUAAAAGAGGUACCCUCGAUCAACCUAAGGAAUUAUUAUGCACACAAAGUUAAGUCCCUCAUGGCGAGCUUGUCAAACAUGAGCCGGAGUUCACCUAGUGAACACAGUCUCAAUGAGUCAAUACACUAAACAGUUUACCAGCCAACACCUAUUAAAACAGGUGACAUGGUACUUUCAAUGUGGCAUGACUGCAAAUUGUGUGUACGAGUGUCCAGAUUGUGAAACUGGUUAAAAAUCUAAUUUGCCACUGAUGUCUGACCAUUUGCCACUAUGUAGCUCAGUGCAAUAACCUGUUAAAAAAAAAAGUGUCACUUGCAAUGAGAAAGUAAGCAAAUGUUGUGGCUCUGUUGUUGAAACAUGAUAUCAUAACUAAAUACAGUAGAUCAAAAUUUUGCAACAUUGGAUGAAAAAGGCAGAGGAAUCAGUUAUUGUUUAAAGUGUUAGAUGGUGUCAAACUCUGGUCAACGCUCCAUCUGUUAUGGUCAACUAUGUCUGAAAGUGACUCUAGUUGUAUCUCUUCUGAAAAAUGUCAAUGUGUCAUUGUAUCUUGUAACAAGAUGAAUUCAGAUGUGUUGUUCAAAACCGUAUUAAACCAAAAAUGCACAACA